CUUGAACUCUCCCACCAACUGUUAGGCGGCGGCACAGUGCAUGGUUUCCUCUCCUCGUGCUGCUUACUAGUAUCAGGGACUCAAGACAGAGUGCAUUCGUUUCCGACUAACUCCGGCGGCGCGGCAAACCCUUGACAGCGCGGUGCGCUAAUUUGCUCUACUCCCUUGACAACCGGCAGCCUGCAAGCGGCGCGACUGUGCAACCACCAUGGCGCGAUCAGCACCUCGCAGAGGCUACCGUGGCGAUCCCAGCAAGGCGCAUGGCGGGGCCGCUGACCAGAUUCAGAAGAAGAGCCAGAAGCCUAAGAAGAAAAUGCGCGGACCGGCUCCGAUCAUCCCGAUGCCCAAGCUUCCAAAGAUGGAAAAGGGCAAGGCCAGGGCUACAGACGCGGAGUUCGGCAGCGCCAACGGCGACGGAAGGGCAGCCGGAGAUGAUGACGAAGACGAUGAGGACAGUAGCGACGGGGACUUGCUCGAUGCUCAAGACAUGAUUGGCGAUGGGGAAAGUAGCGGCAGCGAAAGUGCCAGCGAAGACGAGAGCAGCAGCGAGAUGGACCAGGAUGGCCCAUCCGGGACAGCGGGUCCAUCUACUGCCCGAACACCCAAAACAGUUCCCAACCUAUCCUUCCUCACUUCCCUCGAUGCCAACGCGAUCGGCACAUCCCGCUCCGAACAAGCACGACUCAAGAAAGAAGAGAAAAAGCGACAGAGGGAGGAGAUGAAGCAGAUGGCUAAGCUCAAUGGAACCGCCACUGUUGCCAAGGUCAAGGAGCAAGAGUCAGGAUCGGAGGACUAUGACGACUUUGAGGAUGAAAAUGACGAUCUGAGCAUGGGUAGUCUCAGUGAACUGGACGAAAUGGAGGAUGACGACGUUUCUGGUGACGAAGAUCUUUUGAGCGGCUCAGAGGAAGAUGAAGAAUCUGAUUCGCAAUCGAGUGUAGAGGAUGGCGACUCGGAUCCCUCUACGGACGACGACCAGCGCGAAGAUGAGUUCGCGCGCAGAGUCGCGGCGCAAAGCAAACGCAAGCGCAAGGAAGAGGAGCUCGAGAAGGCCAAGCGGGCCAAAAAGGUGCGGCUGCCCGUUCGAGGCGACGAUGGAUGGAUUGCUGGCGGUGGUGACGAAGAUUGCGACGACGAUGAUCAGGAUGGGAGCAAGGUCAGUGCAACAGGCGCGAGUCGCGUUGUUCGGGCGUCAAAGGAUGACGAUGAGGACUCCGAGUCGGAAUCGGAGAGCGACGUCCGAGGAAAGUCAUCGUCCAAUGCACAGCGGCAAGCGCUGCCACCGACGUCGGACAUUACAACGAGCAACCGCUUCGGCCUUCUCGCGCCAUACGCCGUCAUGCAGUUGCAGCCGCGCAGCAGGCGCGUCACAGCGGCACGCGAGCAGAUUGCACACCUCGCGCAGAACGUCAUCGCCGACCCCGAGGUUGCCGGCCUGGGGUUCUUGAAGCGCAUGGCCGUCUUUAUGAGCGUCAGGAUCAAGCGGCCUCCCCAUUUGCAAAGCGCGCCGGAUACGAUGAACGAGGUCAAAGCGAACAGCAAAAGCAGCGCCAAGGCGGGCAAGGGAAAAGGUGAAGAGACGAGCGGCUCUGACAGCGAAGAGUCUUCCUCCACGUCUGCGCUGCCCGUAGACCUGGGUAUACGCGCAGCAGCCAUCUUUUCCUUGAUGGCUGUGUACUCGGACAUCCUACCUGGGUACCGCAUCCGUCCGCUGACGGACGCUGAAAAGGAAGAAAAAGUCAGUCAGGACAUCAAGCGGCGCCGUGAAUUCGAACAGGGGAUCAUUGAAGUAUAUCGCGCGUUCCUCGAGGCGUGUGAACGGCUCAUCAAGAGCAAGCAUGAGCUCUCGUCAAUCGCGCUGAAGGCGAUGACGAUGCUGCUGCUGCGUGCGCCGCACUUCAACUACCGUACCAACAUCAUUCGCACGAUCGUCUCGCGCCUUUCACGACCCCCUUCCUCGCUAUCUACGGCAUGGGACGCAGAUUGCGUGCUGUGCGCAUCGACGCUGACGCAGCUGCUGCGCCAGGACGCGGCGGGAGACGUCAGCCUCGAGGUAGUCCGGCUGCUGCACCGCAUGAUCAAGGAGCGCAGGUACAAUGUGCACGCCAACGUCCUCGACAUCCUCCUUCAUCUGCGGCUGAAGGAUGAACUCGGCCGCAAGCGCGCAUCCACCACCACUGCCGACCGAGGCGGUGGCGGCGGCGGCGAAGACGCCGGUGGGAAGGGAAGCCAGUCUCGCGGGCGCAAGACCAAGGCUGCAGAUGUGCGCAAAGGUACCGCUCAGCACUUGAGCAAGAAGGAUGUCAAGAAGAUGCGCGAGAUUCGCGAGAUCGAAAAGGAGAUGCGCGAGGCUGACGCGACAAUCGAUUUGGAAGAGCGCGAGCGCAAUCAAACGGAGACCCUCAAGCUCCUCUUUGUCCUCUACUUUGCCAUCCUCAAGUCGCCGACUGUCUCGUCCACCUUACUCGGAUCUGCGAUGGAGGGCCUGGCGCUGUAUGCGCACCGUAUCAACGUCGACUUUUUCCGCGACCUGCUCGCCGUGCUACGCGAGCACGUCGCACGGGCGCGCAAGGCUGCAGUCAGUCGGCAGGACCCACGCGAGGCUGCUGCGGCCGAUGCUGGGGAUGGCGAUGGGGACGCACAGCUGAGUGGCGCCCGAAGGGGCCUGCGCGACUCUCUGCUGUGCCUCGUCACUGCUUUCGAACUCCUGUCCGGCCAGGGUGAAGCGCUCAACAUCGACCUGUCAGACUUUGCGUCGCACCUGUACGGUGUGAUGCUGCAGGUCAGCAUGACGACCGGCGUGGACGAAGCGCCGAUACCGCGUGGCGCCUCCGGCAAGAAGCAACAAGAGCAGCAGCAACAUCUGCGCAGCAGCGCCGAUCUGCUCUUCCGGGCGUUGGAGCUGCUGCUACUGCGCCCGCGCGCGAGCAGCGUGCCAUCAGAGCGUGCCGCGGCGUUUGCCAAACGGUUGCUCGGCUGCAGCCUGCACUGGUCAUCGCCGACGAGCGUGAUCCGGGCGCUGCGGAUGAUCAAGGUAAUGCUCGCGCGCGACGCUCGCCUCGGCGCCCUGUUCGAUGGCGAAGACCGCGCGCGCGACGGACGCUUCGACGGCGUCGGCGACAAUGUCGACGCCGUGCGGCCGCUCGCGUGCGGCGUGAGCGCGUGGGAGAUCGAGGUGCUGCGCAAGAGCGGCAAUGCAGAUGUGCGCGAGGAGGUCAAGCAGUUGCUCGCCACUGUAGAGGUCCAAAAUUGAUCAUCUUUUCGCUUUCGCAUGCGGCUGUCUGUCGAACGGAAUGGCGGCAGCACGGUGCGAGCGGAGCAUGUAUCCCUUUCCCUUGCGCGUGUGCAAUCCAUCCAUUC